GAGAACAACAUGGCUGCGCCCGCGGGAGAGCCUGCUCCCCGCUGCUGUACAGGGCUGGCUCAGGUCUUCUUGCUGCUGGUGCUGGCGUGCGGGGCAGCGGGGAGCGAUGAGGCCGAGGCCGGGGAAGGUGCGGUGUCCCUCGCUGGUUCCUGCGGCUGCGGAACGCCCCAGAGGGCUGGGGCCCAUGGCAGCUCGGCGGCCGCGCAGCGCUACUCCCGGGAGGCGAAUGCCCAGGGCCUGACCUCGGGCCCACGAUCGCUCGCUCUCACUAAGAUGGUCCCCAUCCCUGCUGGAGUAUUUACAAUGGGCACUGAUGAUCCUCAGAUCAAGCAGGAUGGAGAAGCCCCUGCCAGGAGAGUCACUGUCGAUGCCUUUUACAUGGAUGCCUAUGAAGUCAGCAACGCUGAUUUUGAGAAGUUCGUGAACUCAACUGGCUAUUUAACAGAGGCUGAGAAGUUUGGAGACUCUUUUGUCUUUGAAGGCAUGCUGAGUGAGCCAGUCAAGGCGCAAAUUCACCAGGCAGUUGCAGCUGCUCCAUGGUGGUUACCUGUCAAGGGCGCUGAUUGGAGACACCCAGAGGGCCCAGACUCCACUAUUCUGCACAGGUCAAAUCAUCCAGUCCUCCAUGUCUCCUGGAAUGACGCCGUUGCCUACUGCGCAUGGGCGGGGAAGAGGCUGCCCACGGAGGCAGAGUGGGAGUACAGCUGCAGAGGAGGCCUGCAGAACAGGCUUUUCCCCUGGGGCAACAAACUGCAGCCCAAAGGACAGCAUUAUGCCAACAUUUGGCAGGGCGAGUUUCCUGUGACCAACACUGGCGAGGAUGGCUUCCAAGGAACUGCCCCCGUUGAUGCCUUUCCUCCCAAUGGCUAUGGCUUAUACAACAUAGUGGGGAACGCAUGGGAGUGGACCUCAGACUGGUGGACCGUUCACCAUUCUGCUGAGGAAACGCUCAACCCAAAAGGCCCCACUUCUGGGAAAGACCGAGUGAAGAAGGGUGGAUCCUACAUGUGCCAUAAGUCCUAUUGCUACAGGUAUCGCUGUGCAGCUCGAAGCCAGAACACACCAGAUAGCUCUGCAUCCAACCUGGGAUUCCGUUGUGCAGCAGAUCACCUGCCCACUGCAAACUGACAGAGGAGCUUUUCCAAAUCCAAGAAGUUGCUCACUUGCAGCUGGCCUCCCGCUGGACAUCUGAACAGAUCUUAUGUAAAGUAUUCCCACACCUGAGGAGAGUUACAUGUCCACCCCGUGGCCAAAGGAACUGUGUCGUGUGACCAAAUUGCUGACGUCUGUCAGUGCUUGUGCUUUAUCGUGUGGUGCAUCGUUGGGGAUCAUCACCGUGUUUUACUUUGAGAGCCUUUUGAAGAGGAGAGAGCUGAGAACCAUGAAGUCCUAGCCAGACUCUGCCACAGGGUCAAACCCUGGGGUUCAGCACCUUGUCUGCCUGGGCCUCUAUCCCCUCAUGGAAUGAGGGAUGGACUGGACGACAUGAGGCGCUCUCCACCUUACAGAUUCUAUUCGCACUAGUGGAGUGUAUUGUGAUUGCAUAGUAAGAAUUUAUGACAGAUUAUUUUUAGCUAUUUUUUUGCCAUGUGUGAAUCUUGAGUAAUGCUAAUCAUAUAAGGUGAGAGUUCUCUUACGUGUUAUUUUCAGAAGAGGGUGGGGUUUGAGUCUUUUAUAUUCAUACUGCACUUUGUUCUUUCAAGGAAAUCAGUGUCUUUUACAUUGUUGUGACAAAUCUCAUUGGGACAGUGAGGGGACACUCAAAUUCCGAGUUCUGAGCACACAGGAAUGCCUGUGGAGUGACUCUACUGUCCUUUUUCUUUUGACAUUAAGUGCCUUUGGCUCAGAGGGACAGUUUGAAGCCUUGUUUCCCAUUUGCCCCACAAGCCUUCAAAGAAUGUGAAAUGUGUACUAAUUAGGGAAACCCUUAAAUUCUAGGUACAAGGGUUUGAUGUUGUGUAUUGUAAUGCUAAAUCUGUAUAUGAAGGUUUAGGCCUGUGAGUGAAUUCUUACAUUUACAAGCUUUUGUUGUGCAAACCUUGUUCCUUAAUUUAGAACUAUUGGUUAAAAAAAAGAAAAUUGUCUACAGCCAAUUAUUGGAGGGAUUAGUAGGUAGGUUUGAGUUACCUGGGGGUAGAGAGAGAGAGGAGAGAGAGGAGAGCAAGAGGAAGAAGGAAAGCGCUGGAGGAGCUGCCAUGAGGGAAAUGGACAUGUGGCCAGGAGAAACAUCAGUAUCUGGGCACAGUACUGCAGAGGUAGCCAGGCCAGCAGUUAGAAAAGUAGAUUAGGGAUUAACCCCCAGUAAUGGUCAAAGCCACGCAAAAUAACCAUAGUCUGAGUCUCAUUUAUUUGUAAGCCUUGAAUAGACUACGUUCAGGGUAUCUAGUAUAUUAUACCAGAGAGAUGAGAAAUUGUGUUCAUUUUGUGAUAUCAGAUGCUUUGAAUCAUGCACUAUGUCAAAUAAACUAAUACCUCUCA